AUGUCUCUUCGUGCUCAUCGUGCUCUCCCCGUGAGCGCCGUCUCGCGUCGUGUCGCUGCUCUUCCCGCAACCCAGACGCGUACAUUCUCCCGCACAACUCUCGCCCUCGCCGACAAGGAAUCGAAAGAAGGACACAGCGCAGAAUCAUACUUCAAAGACGUCGAUUCCACUCCCCCCGUAGACUCCACCGUUCAUCGCGUCGACAGCAGCUCAGAAGCCGUUCAACGCCCCUAUGAGCCCCCGUCCGGGCAGUACAGUCAAGCAGGGGUGGAGACCGAGGAGUACAGGAGCACGGAGAAGUCAGACCAGCCGUACGAUGCGGCUGCUGGAGGAGAGAACGAGGCGAGAUAUGGGGCUACUCCGUCAUACAAGGAUGACCCGGAUAUGAAGGCGAGCAAGCAGGAGGAGAGUCCUGCGCAGGGUAACGCUGGAGGAAGGAAACCGGAGGGGAAGGCGUGAGGCUGGAAUGUGAUAGUUCAUCAAUAAAUCCUUUACAGUGUCUUCCAGGUGUAGCCGUGAUGAAAUUCACUCUUGCAUGCAUAUGUGCAAUAGGCAUCGGCCGUCGUGCAAACACUUUUGUGUAAUCAAUUCCUUCGCUGUUCCCCAUCGAGAUAAAAUAUAGCAUUCUUUCG